CUCCGAGUACGCAGCGUGGAUGUUGGGAGAGACCCCGGGCAGCCACGAUCAGCAGCUACGAUCAGCAGCUACGAUCAGCAGCCACGAUCAGCAGCCACGAUCAGCUAACCAGCAGCUAUAACACCAGCAAGCCAUCCAGAAGCAAGCAGCGAAGAGCCCACGAGCAGCGAAACAAUCACGUGCAGAGAAACAUCCACCGGGCAGUGUAGCUCAACUAGUCGCCAACAAGCACUUGGUUCUUAAGUCGGCGGCACUUGCUGCAGCCAGGGCGAGCAAAAACAGUCGGCGCCCUACGGCCUCGCCCGAUUACCUGGAACGUCGAACAGCAGCUGGCGGCAAUGGAGCCGAGCAGUAACGGCGUCUCGUCCCCCCCGCACAGCCUCAGACGCUCCUCCAGCCACUGCCUCCGUCGCUUCCCCAGCACCAGCAGCUUGGAGCGAGAGCCCGAGGCGCGGGUGCUCGUGAUCAACACGGGCGGGACCAUCGGAAUGAUGUACUGCGGCAACGUGCUGGCGCCCCGGGCGAACACGUUUGUACAGGUGCUGCGCAGGCUGCCCAUGCUGCACGACGAGGCCUACGCUCAGCAGACUCACCUCUAUGACCACUACGGCUCCAGCGAGAACAUCCUCGUGCUGCCGCUGUCCAAGCACCACAAGCGAAUCGUUUACACGGUGCUGGAGUACAGCCCGCUGCUGGAUUCGUGCAACAUCACCACGGAUGACUGGGCCGUCAUCGCCAAGGACAUCGAGAAACACUACAAGGCCUACGAUGGCUUCGUUGUUCUGCACGGCACCGACACGAUGGCAUACACGGCCUCGGCCCUCUCCUUCAUGUGCGAACAUCUGGGCAAGACCAUCAUCCUCACCGGUUCGCAGUCCUCUCCUUGCACGCAGGUGCCCAUAUUUGAGAUGCGGAGCGAUGGCAGAGACAACCUCCUGGGAGCGCUGCUCUUCGCGGGACACUUCGUCAUCCCAGAGGUUGGGCUGUACUUCCAUCACAAGCUGUACCGUGGCUGCCGUGUCACGAAGGUGGACGCGGGAAGUUUCAAGGCGUUCCAGUCGCCCAACAUGCCGCCGCUUGGUAACGCGCAAGUCGACAUGAAAGUCACCUGGGAGGAGGUGUGGAGAUCCAACACGACGCGCCCGUUCCGCGUGCACACGAACAUGAACCGCAACGUGGGCCUCCUGCGACUCUUCCCCGGCAUCACAGCCGCCACGGUGCGAGCCUUCCUGCAGCCGCCCAUGGAGGGCGUGGUACUGGAGUCGUACGGUACGGGCAACGCGCCCGACAACCGCCCCGACCUGCUCGACGAGCUGCGCAGCGCCACGGCACGCGGGGUCCUCAUCGUCAACUGCACGCAGUGCCUGCGCGGCUCUGUGUGCGAGACCUACGCCACCGGCAAGGUGCUGAAUGACAACGGCGUCAUUCCUGGAGGAGACAUGACCCCCGAGGCUGCCCUGGCCAAGCUCUCCUACAUCCUGGGGAAGGACAAGCUGAGCUUGAAGGAGCGGCGCGAGAUGCUGUCAGACAACCUGCGCGGCGAGAUGACGGCCUUGCGCCAGGGUCCCACCAUCUCGCUGCGCGACAGCAAGUUCAUUCAGUUUGUAGCGCGGGCUCUGAGCGUCAGCAGCAAGGAGGAGCUGGAGGCUGUGCGGGAUGCCAUCGCGCCCAUCCUGGCCUGCGCUGCGGCCAAGGCGGGAGACAUCCACACAAUGGAGGCCCUUCAUGAGCUGGGUAUGAACCUGAGCGACCAGGACUACGACGGGCGCACGGCGCUGCACGUGGCGGCGUGCGAGGGCAACCUGGCGCUCGUGGGCUACCUGCUGAGCUGCGGCGCCACCGUCUACGCCAAGGAUCGCUACGGCUGCACCCCGCUGCGCAACGCCGUCAUGUUCCGGCACAUGGACGUGAUCAAGCUCCUGCGUCAGACAGGGGCUCACCUCUCCCAGGACGAGUACGAUGGUCUGGGCCCCGAGCUUUGCACAAUGGCAGUAAAUGGGGACGUGCAGGGCUUGAUGGCGUGGAAUUUGGCCGGACUGAACCUGGACACGCAGCUGGGCUACGACCAGCGCACGCCGCUGCAAAUAGCGAAGAAAGCCAAUAAAAAAGAAGUUGUACAUUUCUUGGAGGGUGCCUCUAAAAGGAAGGAACAGAACUUGGAGACUGGCCAAGUGAAAGAUCUGCCUCGUGUGGAAGCGCUCUCUCUGGAUGCCGCUUGCACGAACGGUAAUGGUGUGGACGACGAAUGACAAGGGCAGCUCUCUUGACUCCGUGCAAGCGUCUCAAGGUGCCGGGGGGGGGCUGGGGGCUGGGCGAAGGGGCCCCCCACUGGCCUUGCUAAGGAGACGGACGUGGACACGGUAUUCUCAGUGUCAAUCGUUGCACACGCGCCAGAGGUGAAUUUUGCAAUGUUGUCUUGUGAAUGGUUUCUGCGCGGUACCCACUGACAAAAGUUUGUUUGUUAUUACCGAGAUGUACGAACGGAAACCUUUUUGGAGCGUAGACAUGACUUUGCACAAAAAAAAUUGUCAUUUUUUUCAUUUAUCCUUGUAUCAUGUUUUUGAUUUGAGGCGUGCGAUGUUGUUUAACUUCUGUCGACGCACGCGUGCAUUGAUACACGUCCUGCGGUGUUCUGUGUUGGUGGCAGAACCCAGAAAUGUCCGAAUUUCGUGUCUUUGUAAAUGUGUAGUUUUAGCAUUGCGAAACGACUUGUAUUUUAACGAAAAAAACGGUGUAUAAUUUGUGCUUGCUGCUGGUUUGUCAAAAGUGGGGGGUGGAUAUCUUUGUGCAUAAGUUCGUGAUGAAGUCGAGUGACCCAAGGUGGUGGCGAUGGAGUGCCCAGGCACGUGGUAACGCUUUACUUAAACUGCACACCCUCAACUGGGUUAUGCCAGGGAGACUGCGUCGACAUUGCAUCCUCUCGGUGGCCACUCGUCAUUGGGUGGGGGGGGAGUGGAGUAAAAUCGAAAAACCGAUGCAUUGUCUGCGCUAAACGAACGUUGUAAAAUCUAUCAACACCCCCCCCCCCCCACGGCUACCACCAACUCCCUCCCGCGUGGGCUGGUGGCCCUGCUAAUAGAUGAAGCGGUGUAUCUUUAACCGCCUUCCUCCCCACUUGCGUUGUUUUAGCAAAAGUUGUAUUUGUGGUUCAGUGUUCCAAUUUGUAUGCCUUUAAAACUUGAUGUGACUGAGGGGGCAGGGUUGUGUGUCCAUCGGCAGAAUAAGUCCACAUCAACCAUAAUUAAUGUCGCUCUUGCGGUUUUCCUUGACAUUAGCUUUAAAAGGGACACUUUAUAUAUAACCACAAUAAUGUAUUCACUCUUGAUGAAUUGUGUGGGAAAACUUCCAUUUUUAAAUCGAAGGUAUGAUUUCCUGAAUGUUAAUGAACAUUUUCUUCAGUAAAAUUUAACGUUUGUGUGGAAUUUUGCUCUGUCCGUGUGUUUUGUGUACAUAUUCUUAAGAGCACGUGGUGUUUUUAAUGUUUUGCAUCGGUGUGUAAAAGUGCAUUCGCUCGCACCACAACUCCUCCCCCCCCCCC